AUGGCGAGAAAGAGGAAGAACACCGAACCAGAAGAUUCUGGUAUGAGCUCAAGUGCAAGCUCAGUUGGGCAUGUAGGGAAUGAGGGAGUGGCUGCAUUUGGUGGCAUUCGACGAGCCAGAAAGCGAUUUGUGGGGGUUCGUCAGAGGCCUUCUUGUCGAUGGGUGGAAGAGAUCAAGGACACGAUUCAGAAGAUAAGAGUGUGGAUUGGCACAUUCGAUACCGCCGAAGAGCUGCUCGAGCCUACGAUGAGGCUGCUUGUCUUCUUCGUGGCGCCAACACUCGACAAACUUCUGGCCUUGCUCUCCAUAGAAGCCCUUUGCAACUUCUGUGACACAAUUCAGAAGCUCUCUAUGCCUGAAACUUCACGGGACUUGAGUCCCGUGAACUUAUAUACCCCUAAUCAACUUUGUUAG